UAAUUCUAAUUUAAAAAACCAAAAAAAAAAUAUAAAAUUUAAUUAAAUAAAAAAAAAAAAGGAAAACUUUUAAAAUAUAAAAAAAAAAUAUUACAAUAACGCUGUCUAAGUAUUCGAAUAUUUUAUAAAAGUUCACUUCUCACUGAAAUGGCGUCGUUAUAUGUUGGUGAUCUUCAUUCUGAUGUGACUGAAGCUAUGUUAUUCGAAAAGUUUAGCACUGUUGGUGCGGUUUUGUCAAUUAGAGUAUGCAGAGAUAUGAUUACUCGCAGAUCGUUGGGAUACGCCUAUGUCAACUUCCAAAACAUGGCGGAUGCUGAGCGUGCAUUGGAUACCAUGAAUUUUGAUGUACUUAAAGGACGCCCUAUGAGAAUUAUGUGGUCACAAAGGGACCCUUCUUUGAGAAAGUCGGGUGUUGGCAAUGUAUUUAUAAAAAACUUAGAUAGAAGCAUAGACAACAAAGCCAUGUAUGAUACAUUCUCUGCCUUUGGAAAUAUUUUAAGCUGUAAAGUUGCUCAAGAUGAAACUGGACAGUCUAAAGGAUAUGGCUUUGUACAUUUUGAAAUGGAACAGUCUGCUACUCAAUCAAUUGAGAAAGUUAAUGGAAUGUUACUUAAUGGUAAAAAAGUAUUUGUUGGAAGAUUUGUUGGUAGAAAAGAUCGUGAAAAAGAAUUGGGCCAAAAAGCAAAAUUAUACACAAAUGUGUAUAUAAAAAAUUUGGAUGAAAAUGUUACUGAUGAAGAAUUAUUUAAAAUGUUUGAAAAAUUUGGUACAAUCACUAGUUAUAAAGUAAUGUUUAGAGAAGAUGGUAGUUCUAGAGGAUUUGGAUUUGUUGCUUUUGAAGAUCCUGAAGAAGCUGAAAAAGCUGUAAUUGAAUGGCAUGGAAAAGAAAGUCCUGAAGGAAAGACUUACUAUGUAGGACGUGCCCAAAAAAAAGCUGAACGCCAGCAAGAACUUAAACGUAAAUUUGAACAAUACAAAAUUGAAAGAAUGAAUAGAUAUCAAGGCGUUAAUUUAUAUGUGAAAAAUUUGGAUGACACAAUUGAUGAUGAACGUUUGCGAAAAGAAUUUAGUGUUUUUGGAACCAUUACAAGUGCCAAAGUUAUGAUGGAUGAUGGUCGAAGCAAAGGAUUUGGUUUUGUUUGCUUUUCUUCUCCAGAAGAAGCAACUAAAGCAGUUACUGACAUGAAUGGGCGUAUUGUAGGAACUAAACCUUUGUAUGUUGCUCUAGCUCAACGUAAGGAAGAUCGCAAAGCUCAUUUGGACUCCCAAUAUCUACAACGCAAUACUAAUAUUCGUAUGCAGUCUAUUGGUCCAAUAUAUCAGCCUGGUGGCUCUAGUGGUUAUUUCGUCCCUACAAUUCCACAACCUCAACGUUUCUUUGGACCAACACAGAUGACUCAAAUUCGUCCUCAACCUAGAUGGGCUGCUCAACCUCAAGUUAGGGCUGGUGCCCCUCAAGCAACAGCUGCUGGUUAUCCAAAUAUGGCUACACAAUACAGAAACAUUGGUGCACGAGCUCCAGUGCCAGCUGGCCAACAAGCAGCAAUGGCUAGAAACACCAUGGUUGAUCGAAAUGCUAGACCAAUUAGUACAACUCAGCAACAAAUACCAGGUGCUGUUCCUGCUGGAGGAGUUCGUGUUCCUGGAGUCCGAGGAACUGGUGCUGGUUACAAGUACACAGCUAACAUGCGUAAUCCACCUGGUCAAGCACAAGGUAUAGGCCAAAACCAACCAGGUCAACCACCAGCACCAGUGCAAGCUGCUGUGCAUGUUCAUGGACAAGAACCAUUAACAGCAACUAUGUUGGCUACGGCUCAGCCUGAAGAUCAAAAGCAAAUGUUGGGUGAACGAUUAUUCCCACUUAUUCAGCGCAUGUAUCCAGACUUGACUGGUAAAAUUACUGGUAUGUUAUUGGAGAUUGAUAAUUCUGAUUUGCUUCACAUGUUGGAACAUCAUGAAUCUUUAAAGAGUAAAGUAGAAGAGGCAGUUGCUGUGCUUCAAGCUCAUCAAGCACAACAGACUCAAGUGAAAAAAGAAUAAUUGUAGUAUUUAGCUAAAAAUUUACUUAAUUAUUUACCGUCAUUCUUACAUUUUAUUUUACAAUAUUUUCAUCAAAUUUGAUAUUACAUCAACAAAAAAUAUUAAUUUGUUAUGAGAAAAAAAUUAAACGCAUUAAAAAAAAAAAUUAUAAAAAAAAAUUGAAAAAAUUGAUGUUAUAAGUCAAAUAAAAAAGAUAUAUUUAUGCCCACUGAAAAUCAAUAACAACUAAAGAAAUAUAUUUGGUAAUUAAUUAAAUUUAUCCAGUAGUAGAGUCACAAUUCACAAAUUUUUUUAUAUUUCAAAUUGAAUUAAAUGAUAUUGACAAAUAAUUUCUAUUCUAUUUUGUAAUAUUAAAUAAUUUACACUCAAUAGUUCUGAUUAUGUAAUACAAAUUGGAACAACAAUGGACUUGGUAUUUUUACAUUUUAAGUUAUUGUAUCUACUACUGGUAAAUCUUAAUUUUCAAACAAAUUAUUCAACAAUUAAUUAACUUCUAAUUUAUUCAAUAUGUUACACAAAAAUUGGAUUAUCACAAUAUAAUUAUAUUAUAUAUUUAAUACUACAUAGCUAAAAAGUUUUUGUAAAAUUUUCUUAAUAUGAAAUUGUAUUAUGAGUAAAACUGAAUUAUACAUAAACUUUAUACAUUUUA